CCAUCCCUUCCCCACUUCUUCAAGCCUGUUCACCUUCGGCCGCAGAGAGCGAGAGAGAGAGAGAGAGAGAAAGCCUUCAAGCAGCAGCGAAGAACCUUCAAUCGUCGAAAAUGGUGGCCCCGAAGAAGACGAAGAAGACCCAUGAGAGCAUCAACACCAGGCUCGCUCUCGUCAUGAAGAGUGGCAAGUACACUCUUGGCUACAAGACCGUCAUCGAUUCCCUUCGCAACUCCAAAGGGAAGCUAAUUAUCAUUUCCAACAAUUGCCCACCUCUGCGGAAGUCAGAGAUCGAGUACUAUGCUAUGCUUGCCAAGGUUGGGGUUCACCACUACAAUGGAAACAAUGUUGAGCUCGGUACAGCAUGUGGAAAGUACUUCCGGGUGUCUUGCCUUAGCAUCAUUGAUGCAGGUGAUUCGGAUAUUAUCAAGACGCUGCCUGGUGGUCAGUGAAGGAGAGUAGGAUGAUACCUCUAUGUUGAGUGUAGUGUUUUGUUUUGAGACUUGCCCUUUCUUUUCUCUGAAUGAAAUUCUCGAUUUUCUUUGACAAUGUUGUCGUGUUGCUAAGUUUCCGAAUGAUUAGGUUCUACUAUAUGUGUAAGGUGAUCUUCGUUGUGACUUGAUACAUGGCUUCUUGAGACUCAUUAAAGUUAAUUUUGUUACAUUAGAUAUCCCAUUCGGGGUUUUUGCUU